AUGUCUCUUCCAGGAUUGCCACCAGUACCAAAAAAUCUAACCCUAUUCCUAACCAAUCCACCAAAACAGACCCCUAAACCCUCAACUGUUAACCAGGCUAAAGCAGUUCGACCUCUUCCCCGAACUCCUCCUCGGGACCCUCCACCUCCUCCACCCACUACAGGCUCUCUCGGUAGAAAGCCUUCUACCCUUGAUACGAAAUUGGCGAUUCUCAAGAAAGAGAUGGCUGGGCUAAGACUAAUAGACAUGCAAUUGAUGAAUCAGUUGUGGUCACUUCAGCAGUCGAUUCAAGACUUGAAAUGCAUCAUGAGUACAUCUGAUAUGUCACCCCAGUCGGCUGUUGACCCUUGGGAGCUCAAUCACCAUGAACAUAACGAAGAUUUUUGUCGGAGUCCCCAUCGCUUGAGUGCCGUUAACGAAAAUGAACAUAUUUCAUCAUCAACCUCUUCUAUUUCGUCGGGUAGUGGUGAAAAGCCGUGAUUUUUUUUUCUUUCCCCUUUUGCGUGUGAACCAUGGAAAAUUGCUGUGAAGUGAAACAAAUGGAGCGUGAAUUGCCAGAAUGGAUGACUAAAACUUCAGUGACACAAACUAGAGAUCGCAAGCCGUCUAAUGCUGCAGUGGCAUCGGGCAACGUUUGUGAUCGAAGAUUAGCUUAUUUGAUGAGCCCACGAGAAUUGCAGCAGGUCGCCAAGGAAAUUCUUGGUCUAAACUGAAUGUUUUGUGGGAAAUGUCGACGUACCCUUAUUGAUAUUGAUUCCAAUCGGUCAUUUUCUUUUUUUGUAAUACUGUUUUUCGUUAACAUUUAUUCAUUGGGUUUCGGUGUAUAGAAUGGUCCCGUAACAACAAGAAUGAGGGGAAAAUGAAUAAAUUUCAAUUUCACUAGC